AUGAUCGUUGAUACGCGUAUAUUACCAUCAGAUGUUCUAACAUAUACUGAUGAAAAAUUUUAUGAGUUUGUACAUAGUUUAUGUGGUGAUACACCAGUCGAAUUAUUAAAAGUUUUAUGCAUAAGAAGUGUACAAUUAUUAUUAAUGACUGAUACUAAAGAUAUUUUUUCUGUUAUGAAUCUUGAUUGUGUUCAGUUGGAGGACAUUAAAAAGAAAACAUGUUUUCAAUUACAAGAUAAAUCAUUUGUUAUAAAACCUGGUGUUGAAAGUAGUAUAAAAUAUUUGAAGGAAUUAUUGUUAGCAAAGAAUAAUGAACAUUUAAAACAGCUGACAAAGAAAAUAACACCAUCUACACGAACAAUAAUUUCCAAACGUUCAACUCAAUCAUUAUCAUCAUCGUCAAACAAUACAAUCACAACAACAUCAACAGUAACUUUGGAACAGUCAGUUCCAAUGUCAACAGAUGAACACAAACAGUACGUCUUACAAAAAAUCACUGAAUGGUGUGAUAGUAAUAAAGAAAAUUUAUCACUGGUAAAUCUUGAUCUUAAAGAAAAUGAACAUUUUACAUUAACAAUUAAAAAUUCUAAUACCAGCUUAGAAGGAUUAAUAAAAUGUAAAUGUGGUGUUAUAACAACAUUAGCAACAAAAGAUGAAAGAUUUGUAUUAUCAAAUUUUUAUAAACAUUUACAAACAAAUAAAUGCUCAAUGAUGAAAAUUAUUAGAAGAGAAGAUCAAGAAAAUAAAAAAAAUGAUAAUAGUAAGCAAUUAACAGCAACAUCAACUACACCACCAACGACGCCAACAAAUAAAUCAACAUUUUUAUUAAAUAAAUUAUUAGUUUCACCGUCAACAUCAACAACAAAUAGUAUUGAAACCACCACAACAAUGAAAAGAAAAAAUACAGCUCCAUCAACUUCAACAAAACGGCGAAAAAAAUAA